AAUGAACAAAUACUAUAUUGAUAGUGGGGAAAAGCAAUUUUAAUAAUCCAAUAGAGAGGUUUUGAAACAAUUAGAUGUUACUAACAGAUCAGAGGCAUCUUUAAAAACAUCUGUGGUUUCAUUUGCUUGUGAUCGAGAUAACAAAUAUGAGAUAGAAGAUUAUAGAACUUAACUUGAAGAAUAAUUAUCUGAAAAUAUUGAACUAAAAAGAAUGUUAAUGGAUGAGAUUGAGAAAAAUAAGAGGAUAAGUGAUAUUGAUAAAUCGUCUUAAUAUUUAGAGUAAUAAGAUAAGUUUGCAUAAAUUCUUAAUAAAAAGGAUAAUGAGAUAAUGAAUUUAAACAAAUUGAUAAGACAAUUAGAAAUUGAAGUAUAUUAUUAUAUUAUGUUAAAAAGAAUAAAUUAUUACAUAAAGAUGAUUAAUUAGAAUCUUCAAGAAGAGUGGAAAAAGAAAAGUAAUUAGAAAAGAGAAUUAUUGAAUAUGAACAUAAAAUAAAUUUAGUAUUAGGAGAGAAUUCAAAAUUGAAUUAAGUAUUUAUAUAACCAUCAAUAGAUUUUAUAAGAAAGGAUAACAUAAAUAGAGAAAAUGAAACAUACAGUUGAUUAAUUGGAAAGAGAGAAAGUAUAAAUAGCAGAAAAGUAUGAGAUAUUGAUAGCAGAAGCUAAUAAUCUAUCUUCUAGAGAGAAAUGUACUAUAGAGAAAUGUCUUAAUGCAUAAAAGUAUAUUUAUUAAAUCUAAAUUUUAGAAACGAAUUCUAGAAAUAAUUGAAUAUUGUAAAUACUUAGAACAAUUAAAUGUCUAAUAUACUUAAUUAAUAGAAGAAUUAAAUUGAAUAAUUGGAAUUAUAAUUAGAGGAGAAUUAAGUUUAAUUAGAUACAACUAAAUAAUGUUAUGAUGAAUAAAUAAAGGAAAAGGAUAAGUUAAUUUAAUAAAGAGAAAAAGAGAAUUAAGAUUUAAUGGUUAAAUUUAAUGAAUUGGAAAAGAAAUUAUGUUAAUAAAAUUAAUAGAUUACUAUAUUAGAAUAAUAAUUAUAGACAAAUAAUGAAUAAGUAGUGAUUGAAGAAAUGUAGAAGUAUUUUGAAGAAUAGUAUGAUAUAAAAGAAAAAGAACUUGAAACAAAACAUUAAAAAGAAAUUUAAAAUUUAAUGACAUAAUUAAAUGAGAAUCAAAAUUUUAUUGAAGAAUUAUAAAAUCAUUUAACUGAAAUACAUAAAUAAAUUACUAAAUUCAAAUAAGAAAAGUAAACAUUGAGAUAAUAAAAUUAAGAAUUACAAGAAUAAGUAAAAUAAUUAUCAUCAGAAAUUAAAUAAUAAGAAGAUUCUAGAUAUUCUUAAGAAUAUAUGUUACCUUAAUUUAAUAUUUCUUGUUAAAGUGCUAUGACUGAUCAAUCUUUAUGUGAAGAUAAGGAAAAAUAAAGUAAAUAAAACAGACAAUUAAAUAAAAGCAAAGAUACUAUAUAAUAAAAUAAAGAAAAUUAUGAAAAAAGAGAUCCUAAAUCUAAUUAAUGCAUAAAUUAAUUAAAACAAUAAUCUCAAUAGAAUACAUCUUAUAAAGCAUAAUUCUAAUAGAAAGUAAAGAAAAGUAAUCCACCAAAUAAAGAUAUGUAUGCUCUCGAUACAUUUGGAAAUAGAGAUAGAUCAAUUACAUGUUUGGAUAUGAUCAACAAGGGAAUCAAAUUUAGAGAAUCCUCUGAUGAAGAAGAUCAAUCACCUAUAGCAUAGUUUAAAUAAUGGAAAUAAUAGAUGACAGUUCGUUAAUGA